GUUGUGGGUAACAGUGCCAUGAGCGUUGACAUGCACAGAGCUGGCUACCACUCCAUCUGCAACAUAGACUACUCCUCGGUGGCCAUCGACACGAUGAGCACCAGGCAUGCAGACUGCCCGGGCAUGAGCUGGCUUCACAUGGACGCGCGGCAGCUGUCCUUCCCUGACGGCUCCUUUGACGUGGUCCUGGAGAAGGGGACCCUGGACGCUAUGCUGGUGGAGGAGAAGGACCCCUGGGAGGUGUCCUCGGACGCCGCCUGUCUCAUUCACCGAGUCCUGUCUGAG